UCUGAUGCGCAGGGCUAUCACAGACCAAACCGCACUAACGUACAAACGACUCUCCGAGUCUGGGAAAAGUGACGAAUGGCAACUGAAAGCCACAUGAUCUACCCAAAACGAGGGACGGCUCUCCGCCUAAAAUGGAGAAUGAGACCUCAAGGCAUGCCAGGGAGAGCACAACUGACACGUGCGCAGCAUAAUGACGGAAUCACCCCAUCACCACCUCCUCCACAAAGAGGGGAGGAAGGGCACUUCGAUAAGCAGUCGACGCAGGCCAAAGAAGCCUCCCCUGAAAAACAAGAGUCAGGGAAGGGAACACAACCUGCCACGUGGAGGGCCAUAUUGACACAAACACAAUCACAAGACGGGACAGUGUCGGCCCCACAAAAGUCAAGGCCCUGGGAUUUGUCUGUCCUCAUGCAAGUGUCAGCAGCAUCUGGGAACAGUUCUGAAGAAGGCCACCUGGCUCUUGAUGCCAUGGGGUUGAUGAAAGCACAUUUUAUUCAAAAGCUGCAUAUCAGCCGUGACAAGAAAUAUAUCGAGAAAGAUGGGUAUAUCUACCCCCAUGCAGUCUAUUCGUCACAGGUGGUGGCAAACCGCAAUCAUAUCUACUCACGCAAUGCCAUCCAAUUUAAGUUUCCGCAGGAAGCGGGGUCUGUCUCCAUCAACGAGAAACUUAGACGGGUGAAUGGGCGGUUGAGAGCAAUCAAGACUGAUGACCAGGCUGUCUCCGAUCACUUCCUAUUGGAGACAGCAGGCCCAAAUAUGAUCUCGGUCAUCACAGUGCAUCCGGUGGACAGAGUCAAUCUUCUUAAACAAACGGCCCUGCGGAUUGGUGUGACAGAAGGCAGCAGGGACACCGAGACUGGAACAACAUCUGUGGACCCAACGCUGCGUACCACUGCUGGCCCCACAAUGGGACCUAUGAAGACCCAUGGGCUCGCUCAAGAAAAGAUAGUUAAAGGCGCUAAAGGCGACGGAGGAGAUGGUGAUGACGAUGGCGAUGAUGACAAAAAAGGGAAGAAGAAGAUUGGAGAUCCAAAAGACAAACUUCCUCAGGAGACCGGGCAAGUUAACAAGAUAAAGCUUAAGCUGCCGUGGAUCUACAAUGGAAAGAAAGAAGAAAGUGUGUUGCACUGGGCGGCGGCAAUUGAAACUUAUGUAUGGGCAGCGAAUUGGGACAGGAUAUUGAUGGCGACAUCAUGCAUGGGAGGCGAUGCCAUGAGCUUCACCAUCUCGCUGCAAAAGGAGGCGGGAUGCAGCUCUGUGGUAGAGUAUUCGCAGCAAACGCGAAUCGAAGAUUUCCUUAAGUUAAUAAGAGAAAGAUUUGAGGACAAAAACUUGGCAAGACGUACAAAAAUGUUGAUCCUCAGCCUUCCUGACAGGAAAUGGAAGAGUACCUCUGCACUAAAGGCAACUAUGGAUGAACUAUUGCAAUGCCCUGAUCACGGAUUGACGUCGGCCCAAAUCUUAAACAGCUUUGCACGAGCACUCCCGGAUCCCCUAAAAACACAACUCUAUCCCCGUACCAAGGAAGAGGGGAUGACAUAUGAGAAGUUCAGCAAGAUCGUCAUAGAUCAUGCCGGCUUCCUCGUUGAAGCAAAUUAUUGCCAUUACUGGAAGGAUCUGCAAGCGGGUAAGAGAUGGCAAAACCGCACCAUCUCAGUGUCUAUACCUGGGAAAGACAGUCUCCUUCUAACCUUUGAAGAAGGAGGCGCCGAGACCAUCUCCUGGGAUCAGGUAGACUAUAGUCUCGAUGAACCCAACAGACCGGUAGCUCAGGAGGGGAGUUACGCGGCUGUUGCAGCCCGCGGGGGAGGGCGUCAAGGAAGAGGGCGUGGCCGAGGAAGAGGUCGCGGCCGUGGUGGACGAGGAUUCGGCACCCAGAGGAUUUAAAAAAAAAAAAAAAAAAAAAAAAAAAAGUCCACACUUCAGAAGUUCAACCUUGAACAGCCAAAGGACUCAGACUAGAAGCGAUUUCGUGAAAUUCUUGCACGGUAUACAGUACACACUGAAAACUAAGUAACAGAAAUAAUUAGUGUUAAUUACCAAUACAUGAAUGGCCUGUCGAUCCCAUGCUCAAACCAGCAUACUGUCAACUGCUUGGAAUCAUCUUCGGAGUCAACUAUCGUCGUGCCAUUUUUGAGGAUCUGACCUCGGGACCCCGAUUUUGAAAGAUACUGGUGCCAGGGUGAAUUUGGGAAACUAUCACAUACUUCACAGUCUCAGAAGCAAUCCACAAUGAAAAUCAGGUUCACAU